AUGUUUGACAAUUUAACCGACCGAUUGACCGGGAUUUUCAGCCGUUUGCAGGGCAAAGGCCGUCUCACCGAAAAGGACAUCGACGACGCCCUGGGGCAGGUGCGCCGGUCAUUGCUGGAAGCCGACGUGAACUUCCGGGUCGCUCGGGAGUUUGUGGCAACGGUCAAAGAACGGGCGUUGAGUGGCGAAGUCCUGGAAAGCCUGUCACCUGGUCAACAGGUGGUCAAGAUCGUGCACGAGGAGCUGACCGAUGUGUUGAGCGCGGGCGACCACCGCCUCACCCCGGCCAGCCAGUUGCCCUCCGUGCUGAUGCUGGUCGGAUUGCAGGGAUCCGGCAAAACCACAACGGCUGCCAAGUUGGCGCUACACAUGAAACGCCAGCAACAUAGCGCAAUGCUGAUCGCGGCCGACCUGCGACGGCCGGCAGCCAUCGCGCAACUCCAAACUCUGGGCAAUCAGUUGGACAUUCCCGUGUACUCGGAAGAUCCGGGAUCGUCAACGCCGGCCCAGGUGGCGACGGCCGGGGUCCGACGGGCCGCCGAGUUGGCGCUGACAUGGGCCAUCGUUGAUACCGGCGGGCGUUUGCACAUCGACGACGAGUUGAUGGCUGAACUGGAAGAAGUGAAGCGCGCGGUUUCUCCGCACCAAACUAUCCUGGUUGUUGAUUCCAUGACCGGACAGGAUGCGGUGAACGCAGCCGAAGAGUUUCACCGGCGCGUGGGAUUGGACGGCCUGGUCCUUUCCAAGAUGGACGGCGACGCUCGAGGUGGGGCGGCGCUUUCCAUAACCAGGGUCACCGGCGUGCCAAUCAAGUUCGUCGGCACCGGCGAGCGGAACGACGCGCUGGAGCAAUUCCACCCGGACCGGAUGGCUUCCCGCAUCCUGGCCAUGGGCGACGUGCUGACCCUGAUUGAACGCGCACAGGAAGCGGUCGACGAAGAGAAGGCCCGCGAACUUGAACGCAAGAUGCGGACCGCCUCGUUCACGUUGGACGAUUUCCUGGACCAGAUCCAGGGAGUGCAAAAAAUGGGCGGACUGGCAUCGGUCAUGGAAAUGAUGCCCGGAUUGGGCCGGCAAUCCAAGAAGAUGCAGGGGCAGUUGGACGAGUCGGAGCUGAAGAAAACCGAAGCCAUCAUCCGGUCAAUGACGAUGGAAGAACGGGACAAACCGGACAUAAUCAAGGGCAGUCGGCGUCGCCGGAUCGCGCUGGGCAGCGGGACCAACCCGGCGGACGUGAACCGGGUUCUCAACCAGUUCAAGCAAACGCAACGUCUGAUGCGGCAGUUUUCCAAUAACCCCAAGGGGUUGAUGCGAAUGCUGCGCUAG